UCUCUUCUUCACUCCCUCUCUAACCUCCACAUUCAAAACUCUUUCUCUCUCUCUCUCCUCUUCUCUUCUCUGUGUCUUUGGUAGCCAUGGAUGAUCUAACGGAUGAUUUACAAAGCAUGAGUUUCAACUCAACAACAACAGCAACAGCAGAAAUCAAUAGAAGUACGAGUUCAGGUUCAGAAACAACAACAUGGACAGCAUCAAGUUUAUCAUGUUCAACCUCAGCAAGGACAGCAACAACAAAUAACAGACGAUACACACCAACAGGAGAUCCAUAUUGGGAUGGAAUCAGAAGAAUCAGAUCUGAAUCAGUCAAUGGAAAACUAUCGUUAAGUGAUUUGAAGUUUAUUCAGAGAUUAGGAAGUGGUGAUAUCGGAAAUGUUUAUUUAGUGGAAUUAAAAGAAGUUUCUGAUGAUAAUAAUAAUAAUACUAAUGGUUGCUGUUAUUACGCUGCUAAAUUGAUGGAUAAAAAAGAACUUGUUAGUAGGAAUAAAGAAGGAAGAGCGAAAAUGGAAAUGGAAAUAUUAGAAAUGUUAGAUCAUCCUUUUUUACCAACUCUUUAUUCUUACUUAGAAUCUACUGAACGGUCUUGUUUAUUAACCGAGUUUUGCCCCGGUGGCGAUUUACAUGUUCUUCGACAGCGCCAGCCAUUCAAACGUUUCGACGAGCUAGCCGUUAGGUUUUACGCAUCGGAGAUAACAGUAGCAAUGGAAUACGUGCACAUGAUGGGAAUCGUCUACAGAGAUCUCAAGCCCGAAAACGUUUUAGUAAGAGCAGACGGUCAUAUCAUGUUGACUGAUUUUGACCUCUCACUAAAAUGCGAUAAUUCAACAUCAACCCCUCAGAUCGUCAUAAGUCAAACCCCAUUAGCAAAUCUCCCUCCAUCAACCGACCCGCCUAACAAAUUUACAUCAUCGUCUUGUAUUCUUCCCCACUGUAUUGGGCCAGCAGUUUCAUGUUUCCGACCAAGACUUAGGCGCAAGAAGAAGCAAACAAAUCGAGGUGGACCAGAAUUCGUCUCCGAACCAGUUGAUGUCCGAUCGAUGUCGUUCGUGGGUACUCAUGAGUACCUAGCGCCUGAAAUCGUGUCGGGUGAAGGUCAUGGAAGUGCAGUGGAUUGGUGGACAUUAGGAAUAUUUAUGUAUGAACUUUUAUACGGUUAUACACCGUUUAAAGGGACCGACAAUGAUUCGACAAUGGCGAAUAUUGUAGCUCGAGCACUAGAAUUUCCUAAAGAACCUUCUGUUUCUGCUCCGGUUAAGGAUUUGAUAACUCAGCUAUUGGUUAAGGAUCCUGCUAGAAGAUUGGGUUCUACAAUGGGUGCAACUGCCGUUAAACAUCACCCGUUUUUUCAAGGUGUAAAUUGGGCACUAUUGAGAUGUACCUCGCCACCUCAUGUUCCUCCUCCGUUUGUCAUCCGAGAAAUUGAAGAGUCUGACGAUAGCUGCCCUGAUACACCAGUGGAUUACUACUAAAUGGCAUUAAACAGGCUACGGUUAUAAUAGUACGAUCGGUUGGUUUUGUAUAGUAAGAAUAGGGCUUAUGGUUUCUUGAAUCUUCAAAUGGUUCUGGCAUAUAUUUACAAUAUAAACCAUUUUGUUAAUUUAGAGCUGAUUUCAUGGCCA